GACACUUUGAGAAUCUAAUCUCCAAAUUUAUUGUCUUUUGGAGGAAGAAUCGAAUUAUGUACAAGGAACGUAGUGGAGGAGGAGGUGGGUCAUCGAGAUCGGAGAUCCUCGGUGGAGCUAUUGAUCGGAAACGAAUCAACGAUGCACUCAAUAAGAAACUAGAGAAAUCUUCAACUCCCACCACCACAUCUAGAGUUUUCUCUUCUAAAGACAAAGAUCCAUUUUCAUUCACAUCUACUUCCACUGCUAAAUCUCAGCUUCCCGAUGUGGAAUCGGAAACUGAUAGUGAAGGGUCAGAUGUGAGUGGAUCGGAAGGUGAUGAUACAUCGUGGAUCUCUUGGUUUUGUAAUUUGAGAGGGAAUGAUUUCUUCUGUGAAGUCGAUGAAGAUUAUAUCCAAGAUGAUUUCAAUCUUUGUGGAUUAAGUGGUCAAGUUCCUUACUAUGAUUAUGCUCUUGAUCUCAUUUUAGAUGUUGAAUCAUCCAACAGUGAGAUGUUUACUGAAGAACAGAAUGAAAUGGUUGAAUCAGCUGCUGAAAUGCUAUAUGGUCUUAUUCAUGUUCGUUACAUUUUGACUACUAAAGGAAUGGCUGCAAUGACUGAGAAGUACAAGAACUGUGAUUUCGGGAGAUGCCCGAGAGUUUUCUGUUGCGGUCAGUCUUGUCUUCCAGUUGGACAAUCCGACAUCCCGAGAUCGAGUACUGUGAAGAUAUACUGCCCAAAAUGCGAGGACAUAUCUUACCCUCGAUCUAAAUUCCAAGGCAAUAUUGAUGGAGCAUACUUUGGAACCACAUUCCCUCACUUGUUCUUGAUGACUUACGGGAACUUAAAGCCGCAGAAACCGACUCAAAACUACGUCCCAAAAAUCUUUGGCUUCAAGAGGAUGAGCGCUAAAAUGAAGUUGAAAGAUGGAAUCCUGAAAGGAUCUCAUGAAGUUCCAAGAAAACUUAUAAGUGCAACAGCCUGGCUCAUUGGGGGUAAAGAAAGACACUUGAGUCUGUCUCCCAAAAGAUUUUCCCCAGUUAGUUGGAUUUUGUUUUAACUGUUGAAUUAUUAUUUGUUUUCCUAAUUUCAUGUAAAACUCAUAAAUUGUUCAAUUGAAGGUUAAUCUAAUCAAGUAGAGAGCCUCUGGUAAUAUGUCAAAAGCCAAAACUUAGAUCAAUAAAUUCAAUCAAAGUUC